UAUAAGGAAGCUGCUACAUUUUCAAACAAGAAGUAGAACCCUUCGGUUAUAGUCGUCAAGAAACAGAAGGACAACAAUGGACGAAGUUCAAGAAAGAGAGAAAAAAGAAGAAUUCGAUGCAUCAGAGAUUGAAUACGUUAGCUAUGGUGGUGAGCAUCACCUACCAUUAAUCAUGAAUCUUGUCGAUCAAGAACUUAGUGAGCCUUACUCCAUCUUCACCUACCGUUACUUUGUUUAUCUUUGGCCACAACUUUCUUUCUUGGCGUUUCACAAAGGCAAAUGUGUAGGGACUGUUGUUUGUAAGAUGGGGGAUCAUCGGAAUUCAACUUUUAGAGGUUACAUUGCUAUGUUAGUUGUCAUCAAACCUUAUCGAGGAAGAGGCAUUGCUACUGAACUUGUUACCAGAUCUAUUCAAGUGAUGAUGGAAUCUGGAUGCGAAGAGGUUUGUCAAGUUUUAGUUGGUGUACCUUUUGGUUUGUACUCAUCUAAAUGUAGCAUUAUUCAUACAACUAUAUCACAAAGGAAGUAUGGAUUUUUUAUCCUCAAGCUUUAUUUGUACUUUCCAUGGUACCGAAUGAGCAUAUAGGAGAGUAGAAAUAACUACAUUUCCUAAGCAUUACCACCAAACGUUGGAGCUCUGUUUGGGGCUUGGAACAGCAUGGGAAACAAAGGAGAAUUAUGAAACUGCUUAAGUGGUUACCUUCACUGCCAAUUAUAGGAGAGUAGAAAUAGUUUUCCUUUCUACUCCACUGUGCUCUUUGAUCUCAAACCAAAGGGAAAAAUAAGCUUUCCUCUCGAGUUUGGCUGGCAACUUGGCAUGUGUAUAAAUGGUGAUGCUGUAUCUUGUAUUCACACCUCCAAAAACCUUUUCUUCUGAAA